AUGGUCAAGACAUCCAUGUCUUGUGGCACCGCAAGUAAGUUAUAUUUUUUUUCAAUCAAAACGCUGUUUUUAUGUCUUCGGGGUGAGGGAGAUUGGAUCUGAAUUGGAAAUAUACUGCUUUCACCUAAUUUGCAUUUAUUGUGUUGAAUUCAUUUCAGCCCCAAAGAAAUCGUCGGCGAACAGAAGGACAAGUAUGAAGAUUAUGAGAAGAUUGUUGGGACGGAAGAAGGAUCCAGAGGAAGAAGACUUCAAUCUGGAUAGUGUAUCGGCAACUCAUGUGAGUACUGGCACAUCGCCAAGAAGAAGGCCAAACAGUGUUUAUGAAGGUGAGUGUUUUCUGUUUCACUUUUCACACAGAGAAACAGCUUCUUUUAUGAAAAUCUUAUUCAUGAGAUUAUCAUGAAUAAGAUUUUCUUUUGUGUCUAAUAUACCUUUUUCAGCCGGAUUCUCAAGUCCACAGAACCCGAGGUUCUUCAAUCAAAGGUAUCCUUUAGAAUGGGUUAACAGCCAAAGUAGUAAGUUGUCAUUUUAGAAGAAAUGGGUUUUUAAUUAAGGUCCUUUGCGUACGAAAAGGGUUUGUAUGACUGACUGAAGGGCUCUUCCCAGUUCUCAAGCUCGGAUGUCAUGAUUUAUAUCUGCGCAGUCUAUAAUUGCAACAGAUGCAGGCCAGAGUGAGUGAUGUCUCUGUUUUUGAGGCCGAUGUAUUUUUAAAGAGGAAGGAGAAGAUGGGGGCUAAUUUCUGUGUUUGGGUCAGGAGAGGGCUAUCAGAUAUGCGGGGUUUGUCUCGGAAACGUGUCGGCAUUAUUCAUAGGAAGGUCGCCGAUUUGACAGAGUGCUCAAAGUCUUGGCCGUUCAUCUGUUUGUCCUUAAUGCAGCUCAGGUGGAGUGACCCCACUCUUGUCUCUCGCUAUUCAGAUAUCUAAGAGAAUAUGUUUGGGCCGAGUUUUCGAGUCAUUUGAUAGCCGUUAUCCAGUGUCCGCAUGUUAUUCUUGUUGUCCCCUGCUUGUAGUUGUCAGUCCGAUUGAAAUUCGAAUUGAAUUUGGGCCUCCAGAUGUUCGUUCGGUGGUCGACAGUCCGUUUGCUCGGCCUGUGACAGUGUUUGGAGACCGGAUAUUAGACUUGCUCUUCACCCCGGACCUCUCUCACUGUUCUCUGCAGAUUAUUUGA